AUGGCACGAAAAGAAGAACCAAAAAUUCAACCAAAUAAUGAUUUAGAAAAGAGAAUCAUCGAGGCAUUUGAAGUUUUCGAUCAUUCAGGCAAACAAGUUGUUGAUGUAAGAGAAAUUGGAACUAUUUUGCGUUCAUUAGGCUGUUGCCCCACCGAAGCUGAAAUACAAGAAGUAAUUUUAGCCACAGAAAAUAAAGAAGCUACAGGGAAUGUCCCCCUUAUCAAUUUUUUACCAUACAUGUGCAAAGCUAUGAUAGAACACAGAUUUUAUCCAGCCAGUGCAGAGAUGCUUCUUGCGGCAUUUCGUUAUUUUGAUAAAGAGGGUCGUGGAUAUCUUACUAAAGAAAAAUUUGCACAACUAAUGUUAGAAGAAGGAGAGCCUUUUACGCAGGAAGAGUUUGAUGAAAUGAUGCAAACAGCUUUGGAUCCAGUUACUGAUACUAUCACAUAUGAAUAUUAUAUUAAUCAAUUGAUGGUAAGUAAUAAGUUGUGU